UAAAUACAAAUAAAAACGUCGCGGUGUUCAAUCAGGCGGUUAAAAGUGAAGAAAUUACGCAACUUUGAUUUACUUUUAUAUUUCUAUUUGGAAAUACAUUUGUACCUAAAAACAAUUUGAUAAUAAAUUUCUGUAGUUUAUGUUUGAAAAAUUAGCAUUGAGUGCCGCCGCAUGAAGUGUUUUAUGAUAACGAGCAAGACACAUUUUUAAUUGGGUGAACUAAAUAAAUAAAGAAACAAAGUUUCACAGAAAUACCGAGUGACGAUGCUCAAACUACUUGUUGCUCUAGCGGUUGCAUUCACUGUAGUUGCGAGUGAAGGAACGUCAACGACAGUUUCUUCACGAUCAUUCGUGGUCGAUUGGGAUAACGAUCGAUUUUUGAAAGAUGGAGAACCUUUCCGAUUUGUUGCUGGAUCUUUUCAUUAUUUUCGUGCCCUGAAGGAAACUUGGAGACACAAGCUAAGGACCAUGAGAGCAGCAGGCUUGAAUGCUGUUACAACAUACGUUGAAUGGUCCCUUCACAACCCGAAAGAAAAUUACUACGUCUGGGAUGGCAUUGCUGACUUAAAUUACUUCAUUCAAGUGGCUGCCGAAGAAGGUCUUCUCGUGAUUCUUCGUCCUGGACCUUACAUUUGCGCUGAACGUGACAUGGGCGGCUUCCCGUAUUGGCUCCUUACGAAAUAUCCAAAUAUCAAGUUACGCACUUAUGAUGCCGACUAUUUGCGAGAAGUUGAAAAAUGGUACAAUGUCUUAAUGCCUCGCAUUAGAACUCAACUGUAUGGUAAUGGAGGUCCUAUUAUCAUGGUUCAAGUUGAAAAUGAAUACGGUUCCUUUGGCGUCAACGAUCAAAACUACAAAUUAUGGUUGAAACAGCUAACGGAAGAUUUUGUCGGGGACACAGCUGUUCUUUUUACGAAUGACGGACCGAGCCAAACACCACGUGGUUAUCUCGAAGGAGUUUUAGCGACACUUGAUUUCGGUUCUGGUUCAAAUUCACAAAUUGACGGAUGGUGGGGCACGUUAAGGAAGUACAUGCCAAAAGGACCUCUCGUCAAUAUUGAAUACUAUCCUGGCUGGUUGACCCAUUGGCAAGAAGACAUGCAACGAGUUGACACAGCUCCAGUUGUAAAUAGUCUUCGUUACAUGUUGCAACAAAAUGCGAGUGUCAAUUUUUACAUGUUUUUCGGCGGAACAAAUUUUGGCUUCACAGCUGGAGCAAAUGAUGGCGGACCAAAUCGUUAUAAUGCGGAUGUUACUAGUUAUGAUUACGAUGCUCCUAUGACUGAAGCGGGAGAUAUUACGCCAAAAUAUUUAGCAAUCCGUGAUGUUAUUGGCGAAUUUUUGCCACUGCCAUCCUUGCCGAUACCUGAAAUAAGUCCAAAAGUUAAAUUUGGUCCUGUUUCAAUGCGACCAAUUUCUGUCCUCCUUUCAAAUUUCGCAAAACGUCGACUUAGUCAAGGUGUUAUCGAGAACCGGGUACCACUAACCUUCGAAGCUCUCAAUCAAUAUUCCGGUUUGGUGUUGUACGAGACGACUUUGCCAAAGAUAAAUCGCGAUCCCGUCAAUUUGCAUGCCGAAAAUGUGCAUGAUCGAGCAUACGUCUUUGUCGAUCGCAAUUUUGUUGGUAUCAUGUCGCGCGAAAAUGGUGUCGAUACUUUGUCAGUUCCUGCAGGAUUAGGUUCCAGGUUGCAGAUAGUCGUGGAAAAUCAAGGAAGAAUAAAUUUCAAUAUCCCAAAUGAUUUUAAAGGAUUGCUCGGAAAAGUGAGUUACAAUGGAAAAGAGUUAACUGGGUGGAAUAUGACAAAGUUUCCCCUGGAUAAUCCCGCGGAUAUCCUUAAAAUGGUGGAAACGUAUAUGCAACAACCUUUCCCGUCAACAUCGCAUGGCAGAAGUUUCGUUCGAACUGGACCAACAUUCUUCUACGGGACUUUUAACUUGACGAAGCAACAACUGCAUGAUACUUACUUGAAUCCAACGGGAUGGGGAAAGGGAAUUGCCUACAUAAAUGGUUUCAAUCUUGGGCGGUAUUGGCCUCUUGUGGGUCCGCAAAUUAGUUUGUAUGUGCCCAAGGAGUUGUUGAAAGAGGGGGAUAAUUAUUUAAUAAUGUUGGAAUAUCAAAAAGUGCCCGAUGCGAGCAGUGUCGUGUUUGACGAUCACGAAAGCUUGGAUGGGUAGUGUGCCAUAAUCACUUGUUUUAUUAAUAUUUUUUUU